UUCCUCCCUUAUAAACAUCCACAAACCCACCCGAAGAACUUUAACUGUAUUUUAAUCUCAAAAACAAAACCCGAACUCAGCACCGUAAUGGGAUCGUACAGGACUUUAAGCUUGCCGCUUCUCAGCUUCAUAGGAUGGACUUUGAUCUCUGCAUUCAACCUGGACGAGGAAAAUGUUAUCAGGAAAACGGGAGAACCCAACAGCUUGUUCGGGUUUUCCCUCGGCAUGCACCGACAACUCGUACCUGCUGAUAAACGAAUUUUGCUGGUUGGUGCCCCCAGAGCUAAAGCAUUGCACAAACAGAAGUCACAGAUAACAGGUGGCCUGUACGACUGUGACAUCAAUUCUGCAAGCUCUUCAUGCCAGCGCGUAAUAUUUGACAAUGACGAAGACUUGAGUAAAGAAAAUAAGCAGAACCAAUGGAUGGGAGUUACUGUACAGAGCCAGGGACCUGGAGGAAAGAUAUUGGUCUGUGCACAUCGCUACCAGCGGCGCUUAUUUGUGAAUACAACUCAAGAACUGCGUGACAUCACAGGUCGCUGCUAUGUACUAAGUCAAGACCUGACGGUUAAUGACAAUGCAGCUGAAGAUGGAGGUGACUGGAUGUUCUGCAAUGGUAGAAACAGAGGACAUGAACGCUUUGGUGUGUGUCAGCAGGGUCUGUCUGCCACUUUCACAAGGGACUAUCACUAUCUGGUGUUUGGAGCACCAGGAGCUUACAACUGGAAAGGACUGGUACGGCUUGAGCAAAAGAACAGCUCUCUGUUAGAUCAAGACGUUUAUGAUGAUGGCCCAUACGAGGUUGGCGAUGCGGACCGAUUCGAUGCUGAGUUGGUGCCUGCUCCUGCCAGCAGCUAUUUAGGUUACUCUUUGGACUCUGGAAAAAUGUUGACUAAGAGGGGUCAGCUGACUAUAGUUGCUGGGGCUCCAAGAGCCAAUCUCAGUGGAGCAGUUGUACUACUGAAAAAGGAAGCAGAUAAAACAUCACUGUUGUCACCUGAGUACAUCCUAGAAGGUGAAGGUCUUGCCUCUUCAUUUGGCUAUGACCUCGCAGUGCUUGACAUCAAUGGAGACGGGUGGCAGGACAUUGUAGUCGGAGCACCUCAGUUCUUCAUUAAAGAUGGCCAUAUCGGUGGGGCCAUCUAUGAAUACAUUAAUAAAGAAGGAGCUUGGGACAAAAUAAUACCCGAAAGAUUUGAUGGAGCUGCCAAUUCCAUGUUUGGUUUGGCUGUGGAAAACAUGGGCGAUGUAAAUCAGGAUGGCUAUCAAGAUGUUGCUGUUGGUGCUCCGUAUGACAGCAAUGGAGCUGGAAGUGUAACUAUCUUCCACGGCACACCUAAAGGACUCAAAAGAGCCCAGGAACUUGAAGGAAAAGAUCACAAUGUAAAACUCUUUGGCUACUCUCUUGCCGGCAACUUAGAUUUGGACAGAAACCAAUAUCCUGAUCUGGCUGUAGGAUCCCUCUCUGAUUCAGUUUUUGUGUACAGGGCGAGGUCAGUUAUCAGCAUGGAGAAGACUGUAACAACCACACCCAAAGAGCUGGACCUCACACAGAAAAACUGUGGAAACACUAUAUGUUUUGAAGUAAAGGCUUGCUUCAAAUUUUCAGUCAACCCAAAAAACUACAAUCCUACUAUAAAGGUGGCCUACACUAUGAAAGCUGAAUCUGAAAGAAAGACACUUAAUCUUCCUUCCAGAGUCAUCUUCACCGACCGAUCACCCACCGACUCUGAGUUUGAAAGCACAGGAACUGUAGAACUCAAGGGUCAGGGCACAGAAAACUGUGUUACGAAAAGACUCAAACUGCAGGAAAACAUCGUUGAUAAGCUGAGAGGCAUCCCUAUUGAAGUGUCAGUGGCGAUUCUGAACCCAACAUCACGGCGAAAGAGACAGAAUGCUCUCCCCAACCUGCUUCCUAUACUGGACUCUUACCAAGAUGCCACAACUGUUACCAAGGUUCAGUUUGUUAAGGAAGGAUGUGGUUCUAACCAUGAUUGUCAAAGUGACCUGCAAUUAAAAUAUAAAUUCUACAGCCCGGAACUAAACAAAGAUAUGAUCUAUCAUCCAUUGCCUGAGGAAAAUGGAGUUCCUGUCAUUUCUCUAAGUGAUCAGAAAGAAAUUGCCCUGGAGAUCACAGUGUCCAAUAAGGGUGAUGCCGCUUAUGAAGCACAGCUGACUGGCUCUUUCCCUAAAUCACUUUCUUAUUAUGAUGUUAACACUAAAUCCGGUGAUAAACAGAUCACCUGUCAUGCCAAUCAGAAUGGGUCACAAGCUGAAUGUGGGCUUGGAAAUCCUUUCAAAAGAGAUGCUGAGACAACUUUUUACAUCAUUCUGAGCAUGGGGGGGAUUUCUUUAGAUACAACGGAAAUCGAAAUUGACCUUAAUCUACAAACGACAAGUAAUCAGAAGCAGUUGCCAGCGGUAAAAGCCAAAGCCAUAGUUAAGAUCCAGCUUAUGUUGUCCCUCUCAGGGGUAGCUAAGCCAUCUCAGGUUUUCUUUUCUGGAGACGUUAAAGGAGAAAGUGCCAUGAAGUUGGCAACUGAUGUUGGCAGUCAAGUCGACUUUGAAUUCAGGGUUACAAACUUGGGCAGACCUCUUAAAUCAUUUGGCACUGCAUCUAUGAUUAUUCAAUGGCCUAAGCAUAAUAUUCAAGAUAAGUAUCUACUUUACCUCAUGAAGAUGACAUCAACCGGCUUAGAGAGUUUCAGCUGCUCCAAUCAAAAUGAGGUCAACCCUCUUGGACUGAAGGAACCUUCUCGAGCUAAGCGUGAAAUUGCGGGGGGGACUCCAGCAAAAGAAGGAACAACUUCUGCUUUUACUGACAAGAGGAAAUUCACCGUUUUGUCCUGUGGUGAUGGGGCAAACUGUAUAUCAUUUAAAUGCCCUCUAAUGGGAAUGGACAGUAAUGCUGUUGUUAGCCUGAGAGCUUAUCUUUGGAACGGUACCUUCCUGGAGGACUAUGCAGAGCUGAACUACAUUGAUAUCAUUGUCAGGGCAACACUGGAUUUUAAGUCUUCAGCCACAAAUGUACAGCUGAAGAACGAAGCUACACAGGUUCGUGUUACUGUGUUUCCGGAACGUAAAUCAGCACAGUAUGGUGGUCUGCCCUGGUGGGUCAUACUGGUGGCCAUUUUACUAGGACUCCUCUUACUGGGUCUUCUGGUCUUUCUGCUCUGGAAGUGUGGGUUUUUCGGCAAAAACAACAAAGACCCAGAUAAUGCACCCGAUAAAGAGAAACUGACUUCAGAUGCCUAGAGAGAGACCUCCCUACCUCUCUCUUAGGUGUGGAUUUUUCGAACGUGCCAAGUAUGAUGAUAGUGUAACCAAGUGUGAAUAAAGAGAGAAGAGAUCAUAUGGCAGCGAAAGAGGACGGAUUCUCUAGAGAAGAAACAAUGGAUGACUUCUUGGAAUGAGAGUGAAAGCUACUCAUAGCUAAUGUCUACCUGAUCCAUACUAGAAACACCUGACAUAAGUCCUUUAACCACUACUUUUCACACACACUGACUUUAUGACCCAUCAUAGGCACAAUAUGUAAAAUGUUUGCAUUAAAUAUCCAAAAACUACUAGUAGUGUUAAACUACUCACUUAGAUUAUCCCAAAUGUCAUCAAUUUACUGUUUUUUUUUUUUUAAAGCAAGUAGGAGUUGCUUGUUUUUAGUGUCAUGUCUAGGUUAUGCUUAGUUUUGCUUUUGCUGCCAUAGAAACCAUAGGUGUUUGUGCGUCCAUGUGUCUGCGUGCGUGUGUUGAUGUAAUUCAAUUAUAGACACUGGUUCAACAUGAGUUAUCUUAAAAUUAACAUGCAUCCACAGAGGUAACAUGUUGAGUUUAUUUUAAGAAAACUUAUUUCAAUCAUGUGUCUAUAAUUUAAUUACGUAAAUCCAACAAUUAUUUUUUAAGUCUAGCGCGCAGCUUUGUUGUGGUUUCUAUCAAGUCACAUGAUAUUAUAUUAUAAUGUAACAGUUAUACAACUAUUUCAGUAUGUCAUGCAUAAUUUGAAAGUUUUGUCAGAUCAAUUCCUAUAGACACUGAAGGUAAAGACCACAACUCCCAUUGUUUUACGCUCUUCAGCAGCAUCAUCAAGCUGCACAGCUGUUGUUCUUUAGUGAUCUCUAGCAGCUAAAGUAAAUAAUUAUUAAGAGAUUGUGUUCAAAAUCUUUCUUGGAAGUAACACAUUUAUGAUGAUCAGACACAAUUAUUUUUCAUUUAAUGCCUGUUACAUACCACAGUGUAUGCAUUUAUUCAGGGUGCGAUUUGCUGGGGGGAUGCAGGGAUUAUCCCUCUCUGGUCUUUGUAUCCCUGCCUCCUGUUAAUUUGAUUUUAUUUCCGGUGGGGACAAAAUGUAUCCCAUAUGAUUAAUGGUCAUCAAAUGGCCAUAUAUUAAAUGAUCUUUAUUUCUGUUUAUAAGUAAAAACACUGCCAUGCAAACAACUGUAAAAUAAAAUGUCUCCUGUGACAAUAACGUUAGGUGAUAGCGUGAAUUCAGGCCUGGAUUUUCCAAAUAUUGCCAACCACUCAUAGUCUAUUUCAGCCAAAUAAUAAAUUAAAUGGAUUCCAAGCAGCAUAUCAUAUUUUACAGGUGUGUCACAAAACAAUUGUAAGAAAAAUUACCAUUGACAUUGAGACAGCAUAAAUUACCGUCAUUAGAAUCAAAGGGAAUUUGCAGGAUGACACGGGAAAGCAAAAGAUAGGUCAAAAGUCUGUAAUUAACAGAUUGGUUUUCUUAGUCUGAUGUCUUGUCUAAGUAGGCAUAUAUAGCCUAUUUAUUGUUGUAUUGAGAGUAAGUUGUGCAUUGCAUUUUUUUCUAUUAAAUAUUAUGAUUAUAAACAAGUGUUUUUGCAUGUCUGGUGCAAAGCAUAAAGAAGGAAUGCAUUCUGGCAUGUACAGUUCAGAUUCUGUGAUUGUUUUAUUAAGUUUCUGUAACAGAGGCCAGCUAGUCAGUAAAAGUAAGCCUCACUCCCCAACCUCAAGAAGUGCUUUAGCAACAAACAUUAGAGCUCAUGGCCUUUAGCCUACUUGUAAGAGCGUCUGACUUCCAUGCUAGACCAGAGGGGUUUGAAAUUUUGCUCAGGACGGGUGCAAGUAGGACUGGUUAUAUUUCUUUAGUUAUUUUUUUGCCUUUAUUUGACAGUGAUUAAGGAGUGGACAGGAAAGUACAGGGAGGAGAGAGGGGUAUGGGAUCGGCUAAAGUGCGAAAGCACCACAUGUUGGAUCGCUGCCCACUACACCAUGAGCUCUGACGUGGUUAAAUUUCGAAACAUAUUUUAUUAAAACCGUUACAAGAUAUAGCUUAAUACCCUAUAAUCAAUAUAAGCCUGUGGUUCAUAAUUUACGUUCAUAAAUAUUUGAAAUACCCCAUCUGAUUUUUUUCACAAAUCGCACCCUGCACUUAUUGCACUGCACUUUAAAAUGCUUGAUUCUGAUUCACAACAUUCCAAGGUUUGUUAUUCCAAGAUAACAACCACCUGAAACUAAUAACACACAGCUGCAAAUAAUUUUGACAGAUACAGUUUAAUAUUAAACAAAAAAUAUAUAAAUAUGUCUUUUAAUAACAUAUUAUUUGGUAUCAUUUGUAAAUAUAAUGUCAUAUACUGUGUGUCCGUGACAUUUAAACGUAUUGUCUUAUCUAAAAACCGAAAGUAAACAGGUUUUCUUUGAGGAAGGUCUGCAUUUAUUAAAAAUUAGCAAAUAAAAUAUUUCUAAUCAAUAUGUAAUGCUCAAUACCUUACUUAUGAGGUAAACAGCUGUGUAAUAAGCAGGAUAAUGUACAGGCAGCAGGUUGUUAUCGUGAAAUAAACCCCUUAACACACUGUCGGGGAUUCUGCGAUAAUAACCUGCUGCCUGUACUUAUCCCUUACUUAAAGUAUUUAUUCUCAACAGAUUUUCUGUUGUAACAAAGACCAAAGAUUUUUAAUUUUUUUAUUGUUUUAGUACAUUAGGCAUUUUGUGGGUCAAUGUAGUGUUCUUGAUUUCCAACUAAAAUUGUCUGAAUGAAAGUAAAUACUUGUUUGUUCAGAGUUGUUUUUAAUUCUUUUUUUAAAUGAUUGCAGAUUUAUUUUAUCUUAAGCAGGAUUUUGCUGUAUUUAAAUUAGUACUUAUGGAACAGGUUUUAGUAGGUAUGUUAAUAUAGUCAGACGUUUAAAACAGUUUGGCUAUAAAAAACUGCAAAGUUCAGCUUUUAAAUGUUUGUUUCCAUUUUUAAGGCAAUUUGAAAGUAUCUGUAUAAAUGUGAAAUUGCUUGUAUUGACAGAAAAAAUUGUUAAAUAAUAAAAAGUUUUAAUGCUU